GUCUGCUAGUAGGCCGUACUUCCGGUGUAUUUUCCCACUCUUCCCAGCCACAAAAGCGGCAGUCUUGCCAUGACAAGCAUGUCGGAUAAUCUCAGAGACAGGAUCAACCUGGACAAGCCUCGCUAUGAUCAGAACACAUACUCAGGGCGUGCCAAACAUUUCUUCAUCACCACAAAUCCUCUGAAUCUUUUUGCAACAAGUGAUCAGUUAGAACAGGCAAAGGCUUUAGUGGAAUCUUACAGGAAAUGCCAGGAACCACCGGGUACGAAAGUAGAUGACUUAUGGAAGGCAAAGAGUCUUUAUGACUCGGCAUAUCACCCAGAUACGAAGGAAAAGAUGAUGUUGAUUGGUCGAAUGUCGGCGCAAGUCCCAAUGAAUAUGACAAUCACUGGAUGCAUGUUAACAUUUUACAAAACGACACCCGCUGUGAUAUUUUGGCAAUGGAUUAAUCAGACGUUCAAUGCAAUAGUCAACUAUACAAACCGAAGUGGUGAUAGCCCGAUACCCAAGUCACAGUUAGGUUUAUCUUACGUAUUGGCGACUGGUGGGGCUGUAGGAACUGCUCUUGGAAUCAACAGUCAGAUUAAACGUUUUCCAGCAAUCUUUGCCAGAUUUGUUCCAUUUUGUGCUGUGGCAGCUGCCAACUGUAUCAAUAUACCCUUCAUGAGGAGUAGGGAGUUAAAUGAUGGUAUACCAGUAUUUGGCGAGGAUGGAAAUCUCGUUGGAGAGAGUAAAAAGGCAGCUCAGAAAGCUAUCCGUGAAGUUUUGAUAUCUAGAAACGUAAUGGCAGCUCCUGGCAUGUUGCUGACGGCCAUAUGCAUGAAUAGACUAGAGAGGACCAGUAAAGUGUUAAGGAAAUACCCGAUCAUGAAUCCAUUCUACCAAGUUGGGCUUGUGGGAGUAUUCCUCCUAUUUGCUACUCCUUUGUGUUGUGCACUCUUCCCUCAGAAAAGCUCAAUCCAUGCAUCAAAGUUAGAAGAUGAUCUCCAGGAAAAGAUCAAAUCCAUGGGAAAGCCGAUUGAACGUGUUUACUUCAACAAAGGAUUGUAAAUUAGUUGGAGCUCCACCACGUAAGGCCGUCUGCACAUAGGAGUAAGAACCAGUGAAUGAGCUCACAGGCUAUCCAGUCUCAGGAAUCUCAGCCAUCUUUAAACAGCUGAUUGAUUGUAUUCCCAUUGAUUGAUGACUUUGUUGUGGAUCACAGUAAUAUGAAACAAGUAUGAAAGAGUAGAUAUUUCAUAUGCCGUAGCGAGUUUCAAAUAUUCAUUGCAAAAGAACAACUUUUCUUCAACUUACAUAACCUCUGCCUGUUUGUGUGUUUGCUGGUGUGGUCUGUGUUGUGUUGUAGCAAUGUAUUAUACGCACCGAUUUCACUGUCAUUACUUGUGGAUAAGAAUUUGUAAGAUGAUGAGCAAUUUUAAUUUGUAUAAAUUUGAAGAAUAUGUUGAGUGCAAUAAAACAUCUCUCAUCCAUCAAAAGACACCAGAAGGUAAAUGGUUCUCCUUGACAACUGAGAUACAUGGAUGUCCCAUUGUCUUUGGGAAUGAUAUACAUAGAUGUUCCUUUGUCCUUGAGAUACAUGGAUGUCCCAUUGUCUUUGGGAAUGAUAUACAUAGAUGUUCCUUUGUCCUUGAGAUACAUGGAUGUCCCAUUGUCUUUGGGAAUGAUAUACAAAGAUGUUCCUUUGUCCUUGAGAUACAUGGAUGUCCCAUUGUCUUUGGGAAUGAUAUACAUAGAUGUUCCUUUGUCCUUGAGAUACAUGGAUGUCCCAUUGUCUUUGGGAAUGAUAUACAUAGAUGUUCCUUUGUCCUUGAUAUUGAUAUAAAUGGAUGCUCUAUUGUAAACAUGCUCCUUUAGUCCUUGAUGAUCAUAUGUAGAAUUAAGGCCAAAGGUGCAUGUCAUUGAUAAUUCAAAUCUCUCGUCAUGUGCAUACGUUUAUGUCUAUUGUCAUAAUAAUGAAUAUAUGGUGAUAAAGUAAA